GGCUUUUCUGAAGAGGCCCCGGAGGCCGCGGUCGCGCGAGCAGCUGCGACUCGGGCGGCCGAGUCGGCGCCAGCGGGGUGAGCGUAGGCCGUCGACAUGACGCCUGAGAACCGGGAAGAGACCCCGCUGCUCCUGAGGCCGGGCGGCAGCGCUCCCCGCGGCCGCCGAGUCUUCCUCGCCGCCUUCGCUGCCGCGCUGGGCCCCCUCAGCUUCGGCUUCGCGCUCGGCUACAGCUCCCCGGCCAUCCCCAGCCUGCAGCGCUCGGCGCCCCCGGCCCCGCGCCUGGACGACAGCGCCGCCUCCUGGUUCGGGGCCGUCGUGACCCUGAGUGCCGCCGCGGGGGGCGUGCUGGGCGGCUGGCUCGUGGACCACGCCGGGCGCAAGCUCACCCUCCUGCUCUGCACCGCGCCCUUCGUGGCGGGCUUUGCCCUCAUCACUGCGGCCCAGGACGUGUGGAUGCUGCUCGGGGGCCGCCUCCUCACCGGCCUGGCCUGCGGCGUCGCCUCGCUAGUGGCCCCGGUCUACAUCUCUGAAAUUGCCUACCCAGCAGUCCGGGGACUGCUCGGCUCCUGUGUGCAGCUGAUGGUCGUCAUAGGCAUCCUCUUGGCCUACCUGGCAGGCUGGGUCCUGGAGUGGCGCUGGCUGGCUGUGCUGGGGUGCGGGCCCCCGACCCUCAUGCUACUGCUCAUGUGCUGCAUGCCCGAAACACCGCGCUUCCUCCUAACUCAGCACAAGCACCAGGAGGCCAGGGCCACCGUGCGCUUCCUGUGGGGCUCUGAUGAGGGCUGGGAAGAGCCCCCCGUCAGGGAUGAGCACCAGGGCUUCCAGCUGGCCUUGCUGAGGCACCCAGGCAUCUACAAGCCCUUCGUCAUCGGCGUUUCCCUGAUGGCCUUCCAGCAGCUAUCCGGGGUCAACGCCAUCAUGUUCUAUGCAGAAACCAUCUUUGAGGAGGCCAAGUUCAAGGACAGCAGCCUGGCUUCAGUCAUCAUGGGCACCAUCCAGGUGCUGUUCACAGGCAUAGCAGCCCUCAUCAUGGACAGAGUGGGGCGGAGGCCGCUCCUGGCCUUGUCAGGUGUGGUCAUGGUAUUCAGCACCAGUGCUUUCGGCACCUACUUCAAGCUGACCCAGAGCGGCUCCAGCAACUCCUCCCACGUGGACCUCUUGACGCCCAUCUCCAUGGAGCCCCAGGACGCCAGCCUGGGGCUGGCCUGGCUGGCUGUGGGUAGCAUGUGCCUGUUCAUUGCCGGCUUCGCGCUGGGCUGGGGCCCCAUCCCCUGGCUGCUCAUGUCUGAGAUCUUCCCUCUGCACAUCAAGGGCGUGGCUACCGGUGUCUGCGUCCUCACCAACUGGCUCAUGGCCUUUCUGGUGACAAAAGAGUUCACCAGCCUCAUGAUGACACAGAUUUGGCCCUUCCCCGCCACUUCCUGGCCAACAGGGCGUUCCUGGAGCAGAUGUGCAAGUCUGUUCAGGAUUCCUUCCCACCAAGGCUGUUGGCACGCAGCGUGUCCAGGCCAGCAGUGACUGAGGUGGACAGCAUCCCUUUUACAGCAAGGGCCAGGAAGGUGGUGGGCUAUGGUGGACAGCAAGUCGUUGAAAGGCCCGGAGUCAGGAGCCUGGGACCCGCUCGGGCUGGGAGGGUUGGGCAGCAAAGGAAGGAGGGAAAGAAGCGAAGAAGGAGGUGACAAAGGACCUAAUAUGACCCAGGGACAUGCCCAGUCCAGGAGGCCUCAAGAAGAGGAGGAGGAGCUGGCCCCUGGAGGGUAACAGGCUCUGACUGAAGGGACUGCUCAUGGCCCCCUCCGUGCCACUGGGCCCUGAAUGUCCCCAGGUGCCCCUGAGCAGCACCCUCUGCCCGUAUGAGCACCCAGCUACUCACCCUCCCCAUGGUACCGAGAGGAGAGAACUCUCUGGAGUGGCGUCGCAGGAGGACGGGGAUCCUCGGGCCCAGGGGUUCCCAGGAGCAGGUGCCCAGGUGUCACUUGAUGGUGUGUCUGACCUUAGGGCGGUCGCUUCAUCGACGAGCCUGUCUCCCCAGCCCUACAGCAUGGCUAGUGCUUGGCCAGGCAGCCGGAGCAGGUGCCAGGCUGUGCUCUGCCAAGCUGGGUGGAGACGGAAUAGGCAUGGCACUGGCAGGGCAGGCUGGGGUCGGGGUGCUGCUCGAGUGGCGUGGGGACCCCCUGUCCUGUGGCCACGUGCCUACUUGGUUUGUCCCCU